GAACCUAUCAAAGACAGCAAAGACACGAUUUGGUUUUGAUUUACUUUUGCUCGUCUUCGGCCAGAAUAUUUGCAUUCGCGAGGUGGAAAAAAUUUCAUAAAAAUAGUGUACAAUUUUCAUUUACAAGACAAAUCACGUCUUAAUACACUAAAUUAAUAUGUCCGUUAGCUGUAUUUACAAACAGUAAGUGAAUGUUAAGCAUGGGUGAAAUAGUGUAAUACAUCUACACUCGUUGAAUCGUCGAGUCAUUUUUAUUACCAGCUGGGCGAAGAAUAUUCCAAGUAAGUUCAACGUUUUUGAGCUAAAUGAAAAAGUACAACUACAGUAGGCUCAAUCAGCGGGAUUUGGAAGGGAAUCAGGGCCUCGCAUCCACAUCGUCGACUUGUGCCAACGGCGCAACCAUAAUCGACACCGGAAUGUACCUAAGGGACUGGCGACAGGCGCUGCGAACUCCACCCUCCUACAGAUUGGGCAAUCGAACCAUCCGGUUGCAAGUGCAUUUAAUCUGGCCAUUAGCAGUGCUGGGCGCGAUAGUUGUUCUACUAGUGUACAUUAUUAGUAGUUCACCACUAUCUAGCGGACCAAGCAUCAACGAUCUGGAUAAAAGUACGAUGAUUUUAUACAAUCACACAUACCCGCUGAGUAGUCCCAUUGUAAGCAACGGGAUGUAUACCUAUCGGAUAGGAAUCAUUGCCGAUUUAGAUACUAGUUCACGAGUCGAAGGGAAGGAUGCUUGGAGCAGUUAUCUAAUGAAGGGUUAUCUCAGUUAUGUACCUUCAUCGGGCACGGUUACAGUUUCGUGGGAUGAAACGAAACCCAAAGAGCUGAGAUCGAGUUUUUCGUUGAAAGGUCGCGGCAUGGAAUUGUCUGAACUGGUAGUGUUCAAUGGAAAACUACUAACAUUUGACGAUCGAACCGGAUUGGUGUACGUGAUCGACCAAGACAAGGUUUAUCCGUGGCUGCUGCUAAUGGAUGGUGAUGGAAAGGCGAGCAAAGGGUUCAAAUCAGAAUGGGCUACCGUAAAGGACCAAGUUCUGUACGUUGGUUCUAUGGGCAAAGAGUGGACCACUGCGGGUGGUGAUUUCGAGAACAACAAUCCGAUGUUUGUGAAGGCUGUUACAGUACAUGGAGAGGUUUACCAUCUCGAUUGGUCAACCAACUUCAAAGCGCUCCGUAGUGCUAUCGGUAUUGACUGGCCUGGCUAUAUGAUUCACGAGUCCGGCGUAUGGUCAAGCGAAUCGAGGCGAUGGUUCUUUUUGCCGAGGCGCUGUUCAAAAGAGCGCUACAAUGAAACACGAGACGAGCAUAUGGGAUGCAAUUAUCUUAUCACGGCGGACGAGUCAUUCCAUUCCAUUAAACCACUGGAAUUGAAACGGAGUAACGUUUCUCCGACGCACGGCUUCUCGAGCUUUAAGUUUCUUCCAAACACAGACGAGCGGAUUAUUAUAGCCUUGUCAACUGAGGAGCUAAAUGGUAAAACGUCCAGUUUUAUCAGUGUAUUCGGCACAAACGGCGAUAUAUUGAUGCCGGAAACAAGAAUACCGACAAACUACAAGUUUGAAGGGUUAGAGUUUAUUUAGACGCAUCGAGAUUCAAGUGCAAAAUAUCCAAAGUCGGACUGAAUAGGUAAAAUGAGUUUGUAAAUAGUAAGAAGCAUAUCUUGAUGUGCAGGUAUUCGCUGAGAGAGUAUAUAGAAAUAGUAUUACGAAGUGUUUGAUAGCCACCGAAUCAUUGUUUUUUGUUGUUUGACAUAAAAAUAGUAGAAAAAUAGAGCAUUGUAGUUCACUAAUGUCCUUCUUCCGAAGCAAUGUUUUUUCAGGUCAGAAGUUUUGCGAUUCUUCGUUUGCAAUGUGAUAGUUACUUUCUAAUUUAUUGGAAGGCUUCAGUCAAGAAAUAAAUAUCUUUUGUGGAAACUGUG